AUGGUCCUCUCCUUCAUCCUGAUACAGAACCGGCAGGGAAAGACGCGCUUGGCCAAAUGGUAUGCGCCAUACAGUGAUGAGGAGAAAGUAAAGCUAAAAGGCGAGAUCCACCGCCUCGUCGCNCCCCGCGACCAAAAACACCAAUCCAACUUUGUCGAAUUCCGGGGCAGCUCGAAAAUCGUCUAUCGUCGCUACGCCGGUCUCUUCUUCUGCGCCUGCGUAGACGCAAACGACAAUGAACUGGCGUAUCUAGAAGCCAUUCAUUUCUUCGUCGAAGUGCUGGAUCAGUUUUUCGGAAACGUGUGUGAGUUGGAUUUGGUGUUUAACUUUUACAAGGUGAGUGGGGAGAAGAGCAAGAGACACAGAGGACAAGGACAAGAGGAGGGUGUAUGGGGACAUGGAGUGAUAAGUGCUGACAAGGGACAGGUGUACGCUAUCCUUGACGAAGUGUUUUUGGCCGGAGAGAUCGAAGAGACGAGUAAACAGGUCGUGUUGACGAGAUUGGAGCAUUUGGACAAGCUUGAGUGA